CGGAGUCUCCAUUUCCAAAAUUAGAGCAACUUUCUCCGUAAAUUAACAGAUUUUAUUUCUGACAGUGUAGUUACAGGAACGGCAAACGCCGUACUUACAGUGUGGCGGGGCUGCGACUGCUGCAGCAGAGACCGCCGCCUAGGUGUCAGUCGGCUCUCCAUCGCCUCCCGACAAUUUGGCCGAAACACUUCCAAUCCAAAAUUCCAGCCUAGGGUCCGAGGCUGACCCAAGCAAGUUGUCCCGAAGAGAUCUCGAACGUCUGCUGUGCGGCAUACGGCAAUGGCAGUUCACACCAGCCCCCUGUUCCCGACGGCGGCGGACCUGAGUGGGGACAGACCGCGCGUGGCGCUGAGGGCGAUCGAGAUGCGCGGCCCGUACCCCAGCGAGGGGGACCUGGUGCGGACGCACAUCGACCUGCUGUGCGAGGACUUCCUGCGCGCACUGCGCGACCAGCUGGACGAGAUUCGCGCCCAACGCCGCCACGCCGUGGCCUACACCGUCAGGGGCACGCGCGUCGUCUUGAAGAAGGAGAGCCGUCGCCAGGCCGGCAUCGAGAUGAGCUUCGACGCGUCGCGCUACGAGAACGUGCGCUGGGAGGACGGCCAGCGCUUCCUCACUGGCAACCUGGUGCUGCUGACCACGGACCUGGAGGCCCUGUCGCACUUCAUCGUCGGCGUGGUGCUGGAGAGCAAGCCGCUCAUGCUGCGCGAGGGCCGCGUGCAGCUCAAGUUGGUCCGCGGCGUCAACAAGCACGGCGAGUUCAAGCUGCUGGACCAGGGCUCUUUCGUGGGGCGGACGUUCUCCUUGAUCGAGUCGGACCAGUUCUACUUUCCCUACUUGCACGUGACAAACGCCCUGCGCGGAGACCUGAAGAAGCUCUCACAGGCGGGCUUCGUGCAGGAAAUGGUCAGGGCCCAACUGCCGUCACGACCACCGAAGUACUACACGUAUUUGAAGGAGAAGAAGUUGAUGGCAGUGGGAAGGUCGGGCGCUCUCCUGAAGCAGCUCGCAGCCGAGCUGAACCCGUCGCAGGUAGUGGCCUUGAAGCACGUCCUCAGGAACAAGGUGGCCCUGGUGCAAGGCCCGCCGGGCACGGGGAAGACGUACCUGGGAUGCAAGAUAGCGCAGUACUUGGUGGCGCUGAAAAACGAGCGUGCUGGGCUGCUGAAGGGUCCCAUCCUGGUGGUGACCACGACGAACCACGCGGUCCAUGAGUUCCUGACGCGGUGCACCAGCUUCACUGACAAGAUCAUCCAUGGCUACUCGAACAUGCACGAGCGGACCGUCUACGGCGUCCUGCAGGAGCGCUACGACGCCGCCCUGAGCCUCCCAGUGCGCAGGUCCCUGAUGAAGCUGGCCGACAUCCUCGCCAUGACCACCACCAGGGCGGCCUUCAUGCGCUCCGCCCUGGACAAGCUGGACAUCAAGAUAGUGAUCGUGGAGGAAGCCUGUGAAGCCCCGGAGGGUUAUGUCCUGGCCUCUAUACCGCGGACAACUGAGCAUGUCAUACAGAUAGGCGACCACAAGCAGCUCCGGCCCAGCUGCGCUUGCCAGCCGCUGGCCGACUCCCACCACCUGGACCUGUCGCUGUUCGAGCGGCUCGUCCGGAACGGCGCGGACUGCCCCAUGCUGAACGAGCAGCGGCGCAUGCGGCCCGAGGUCUGCGACUUGGUGCGCCCCAUCUACCCGACGCUGGCCGACCACCCCGGCACGCUGCAGCGGCCCUGCGUGCGCGGCGUGGACCUGCGCGUGCCCGUGUUCUUCCACAGCACCAGCGCGCCGGAGCAGCAGGAUGGCAAGGGGUACAGUAGACGUUCUGAGGCUGAAAUGGUCGCAGAGCUAGGAAACUACUUCGUCUCCACGGGCUACGAUCCCAGCUGCAUUACAAUACUGACUACCUACCGAAAGCAGAUGAGCUGCAUUCUUCAACGUAUCCGCAGCUUCGGCGACGAGGCACGCCGCAUCCGCGUGACGACGGUGGACAACUUCCAGGGAGAGGAGAGCGACAUCGUCAUCCUGUCGCUGGUGCGCAGCAACCGCGACGGCAACGUCGGCUUCCUGAAGCUGGAGAACAGGGCCUGCGUCGCUCUGAGCCGCGCCAGGGACGGUCUGUUCAUGUUCGGUAACUUGGACUGCCUGGCGGCGUCCGGGGCGCCGAUUUGGGGACACGUCCGGCGCGUGUUGACCGAGGCGGGUCGCGUCGGGGACGCCCUGCCUCUAGUGUGCCUGCACGGCAAGAAAACGGCUGCCAGGUGCGGUGCAGACGUGCGGUUGGCGGCGGCGGGUUGCUCCGAGUGCCGGCUGAGGGCCCCCAUGGGGGCGGCCGGGGCCGACUCCCUGGGGACGCGCUGGGCCGAGUUCCACGAGCGGCGCCACGCCGACGGCCCGGACGCUGAGGAGGACACGACGGUGGAUUCGGCUGAGGGCUCUCCGCCGGCUGAGGGAGUCGCGCAGCCCGUGGUGACCCCUGCGGACAAGGGCUCAGCGGACGCGCCAGCAGCCCCACAGCUCAAUCUUCUGUCCGCCCUGCGCGGACUGGGGCGCGGACGCCGCGUAGUGCCGUGUGGCCUGGACCUCGUUGGCGAGCGCCGGGUGGACGACGUGGGACACUCUCCACGGACUGCCGACGGACGGCAACCUGGGCCAUCUGAGGCGUCCCUUCUACGCGUGGCGGGGCGUGGGCGCUUCACAGGCCUCGGAUCCUGCAGCCUGGACGCUUGCAAGAGCUCAGCGCCUCUGUGGCUGAGCGACGCACCGGGGGCCGGGCAGCCCCUGUUGCCCCUCGGCCGCGGCCGCGGGCGUAAGCUUCGGGCGUAGAGGUGGACCGCUCAGGCAUCCCAUGUCCUCCGCCUGAGCCUGGCGAGGCAUGUCUGUGCGCAAGGGAAGACUCCGCUGCAUUCCGGCGACCGUAAUAUAGCCAGUGCACUGUUUUGUCUUCUUUCACUAUUUCUCUGGUCAGACCUACUGUUUUGUUACAGGCUAAAGGCAGAAUGUCUUCUGUCAAUUUCUCAGUUUGACAGUAAGUUUGAUCUAAAACUUUCCUGUUAAUUGCUAGUGUACUGUAUUUAUUUGUUGUUUUUUUUUCCUAUUCGUGUAGUGAUGAAUUCACGAACUGAAAAUUUGUGUUGAAGAAAAUGAAUCACAGCAUGAUUUGUACUUAUUUUCUGACAAUCUAUUUGACCUUAGGCUUUAUUAUUGAUAGCCGGUGAACUAUUUUUUGCCUUGUGAUAAAUUUACAAACUUAACAGUUAUCUUGUUGAAGAAAACGAAUUAAAGAAUGCUUCGUACGUA